CUAACCCUGGAAAAGCUUAUCUCGGCACUCUUGGCCUGGGGGAACUCCUUGGCACUCUUAUCAGCUCGCUUGCAGUCUAUGAACGUUUCGUGAUGGGGUCUAUUUAAGAUAUAUCCCAUCUUGUUGAACGUAGCUACUGUUGAGAGCAAUAAGGACUCACAUAGAUCAAGACUUGGCAGUUUUCGCCAACUAUUUUCGCCAUGGCCGAUUCGACUCCUCACCAGGUCACCGAAGGUCACUUGCGCCCGCGUCUCAGCAAGUUGACCAUGGUCGCGAUGACAUUUGCCAUUCUCAACACUUGGAUCGCGUUAGGUGGCACAAUUGGCAUCGUCAUGCCGUCUGGAGGCCCAGUCGCGCUCCUGUACGGCUUCAUCUUCUGUGUUGCUUGCAAUUUCGCUCUAGCCUUCAGUCUUGGUGAGCUUGCAGCUAUCUGGCCAACAGCAGGCGGGCAGUAUCAUUUUGUGUACGCUCUCAGUAGUGACAGAUGGAAGAGGUUCUUGAGUCUUUGUGCUGGCUGGAUUAAUAUUGCUGGCUGGCUCACCCUUGUAACAACUGAAGCGAUCUUCUCCGGUGACUCUUCCUUGCCAAAAGAAGUAGGCGCUUGUGCUAAUUGGAUUCAGCCAUGUUUAUUGCUGCCGCUAUUGUCGUCGCGUCGGGGAGAUCAACGCCAGUCGACUCUUGGACAACAUACCUUGUCUUCCUUGCCAUUAUCACGUUUUCGACCAUCGUGAACAUCUGGGGCAAUUCCAUCCUUGGACCUUGGAGCAACUUCGCUCUCUACUGGUCAAUUCUAAGCGUUGUCAUCAUCAGCAUUAUUCUGUUGUCCAUGUCAGAAAAGACUAGCGCCGAGUUCGUUUUCACAACGUUCAACAACGAGACGGGAUGGUCAGAUGGGAUGGCAUGGCUUCUGGGUCUACUUCAAUCCGCUUUAUCAUUGAUUGGAUUUGACGCGGUUUUGCACAUGACUGAAGAAAUGCCUAAUCCCCAUCUGGAUGCCCCCCUUGCAAUCGUCUAUGCUAUUGGUGUUGGUGGUUCUACUGGCUUGAUCUUCAUCCUAGUCAUCCUCUUCUGUCUGACUGAUGUUGACAAGGUAGUCAGCUCGCCUACCGGUCAGCCCCUGAUCGCUCUUUUCGAUCAAGCCACGAACAGUCGAGCAGCAUCUACCAUCAUCAGCUGCAUGCUAGGGCUGUGUUUCAUACACGGCACAAAUGGAUCUAUCACCACCACAAGUCGAUUGAUAUACUCCAUGGCUCGAGAUAAUGGCUUCUUUUUCUCCCGAUAUUUCAACCACAUCAACCCGAAGUUGGAGGUUCCAGUUCGUACGAUCAUCUUCACCUAUAUCUUCAACGUGCUAUUUGGUGCCCUUUAUCUAGGACCUACAGUGGCUUUCAACGCCUUCAUCGCGUCUUGCACGAUUCUUUUGAACAUAUCAUACGCUUUCCCAAUUUUCGUUUUGGUCAUUCGAGGUAGAGGCAUCCUCGCUCCGCAUCAGCACCCUCAUACGCCGUGGAAGCUUGGAAACUUCUGGGGAUAUCUGGUCAACUGGACAGCUUGUCUGUACGUUUCGGUAACUUCAGUGCUUUUCUGCUUCCCUCCAUCGUUACAUGUCACUGGAAACACAAUGAAUUAUGUUUCUGUCGUCAUAGCAAUCUGCUGCCUCGCCAUUGCUAUUUAUUGGAUUGCUCGCGGGAAGACCUUUGAGGGGCCUAACCUCGAAACCAUUAUGGCGCAAAGAGAAGAGGUGGCUCAUGCGCCUGGCCAUGGCAGACGUGGCGAGAAGGAAGAUAUUCAUGAUCAUUCUGUAUCUGCCUAGAUUAUAUAAUGGGUUUCCCUUGAUUGUUGAUCUAAUACUAGUCCAUCUUGGAUCGGCAGUCAAAUAUCAUUUCUAAAAUUUUAAAGCUGCGCUUGCUGAACAAUGCAAAAUACGCGAGUCUAGAAUUAGCACUUAUAAAAGACUCAAGCCAGC